AUGAGCGCCAGCAAGAUGGCCGUAAAGCGCCUCGGCAAGGAGCACCAGGCCUUCCAAAAGGACCCGCCACCCUUCAUCUGGGCCCGCCCGAACGAGUCCAACAUCCUCGAGUGGCACGCCAUCUUCCGUGGACCUCCCGACACGCCCUACCACGGCGGCGAGUACUGGGCCGUCGUCACCUUCACCAAGGACUACCCUUUCGCGCCUCCCGAGCUCAAGAUGCUCACCCCGUCGGGCCGCUUCACGCCCAACACGGCCAUCUGCACGUCGAUGAGCAACUUCCAUCCGGGCAGCUGGAACGUCUCGUGGAGCAUCGAGACGAUCCUCGUCGGGCUCUUGAGCUUCAUGCUCAGCGAGGAGAUCACGACCGGCAAGUCCUCUUGCGCCACCCAGGCCCCCGAUUCCGAGCGCCGCGCCCUCGCCGCCGCGUCGCACGCGUGGAACAUCAGCCAGCCCAAGUUCCGCACCAUCUUCCCCGAGUACGCGACCAAGGACAUGCGCGACGUGCCCAACAUGAGCGGCCAGGCGCCGAAACCGGCGGGCCCGCAGGGCGAGGGCACAAAGCCGCUCGUGAACGUGCAGGCUCGAGCAGGCGCAGCACAGGGCGGCGCGGGCGAGCGCUCGAACCGGCUCGUCGUCGUCGUCGCAGCGGCGAGCGCGGCGGUCCUCGUCGCCGUCGUCGCGUGGUGGGUCAUGCAGUGA